AUGUUCGAUUCAAUAAAGCAGUCGGCUCUUUACCAGGAGAUGAGUCUCCGCCUGCUUUUUAUCGGGUCCUUUGUCUCCUUAGGAGCCAUGGGAUUUGGCUAUGAUAAUGGCUGGUGGGGAGGUGCUUUGGACCUUCAACCAUUUGGCAAGCAAUAUGGUGAAUGGGAUGCUGCCGAUAAACAAUGGUCGAUUCCUUCCGUGAAGCAGUCGGCGGGUACUGGAACUGGCUCUGCUGGUAUUAUUAUAGGCUGUCUUGUUGCUCCGUGGCUAUGUCAGAACCUGGGCCGCAAGCCGACUUUGCUAGUCAUGGCAGGUAUGUUGACUGUGGGCUGUGUGUUGGAAGCGACUGCAGUGACAUCGUUCUGGCAACUGGUUGUUGGUCGCAUCGUUGUCUACUCAGGUAUUGGACUGGCGUCCAACGUGGUCCCUAUGUAUCAAUCGGAGUGCGCGCCCCCACGAAUUCGAGGUGCUUUCCUCACUGCUUAUUCGUUCUGGAACACUUUCGGUGGUUUCAUAGCAACACUGGUGGUCUUUCUUUGCCAGCAAUUGGCUACCAAAUGGGCUUACCUCACCCCCAUCAUAUGCCAGCUGUUAGUCCCUCUUGGUAUCAUCUGCUCUUACUCAUUUCUCCCCGAGACACCCCGAUACCUCGUCUACCGUGGCCGAUUUCAAGAAGCCGAGGCAGCUAUUAAGGAGCUUUAUGGGCCAGAGUACAAUGCAACAGAGGAAGUGCAGCUUCUACAACUCCAGGUGGAAGAGCAACGUGAGCUCCACAAAGCUACAAGUGUCUUGGACUGCUUUAGAGGGACAAAUUUUCGGCGAACCGUGAUCGCAGCUGGUGUCCAAAUCUUGCAACAGGCCCAAGGAAUCUCCUUCAUCAACAACUUCCUGGUGACCUUCAUGUCACAGCUUGGAUUCUCUGAUCCCCUCAAGUACAACGUCAUUGUUUUCGCUUGUGGGCUUCUUGCAAACAUAAUCUCCUUCUAUACAUUCGACAAGCUUGGACGGCGUUCUACCAUGUUCUGGGGUGCUUUUGUCAUGGGCGCCAUGAUGCUGGGCGUCGGGGGUACCACUGCGAACGGGUACAACGUCCUUUCCCCAACGACCCAAAAUGGAUGCAUUGCUAUGCUUGUUCUAUGGUACUUUUUCUACUGCCUUUCCUGGGGUCCUGGAGCGUGGAUCCUGGGUGGUGAAAUUGGAACUGGUCAGCUGCGUGAGAAGACUCUGCUUCUCUCAUCGCUUGGCAGUUUCGUUACUUCUGUGCCUAUCAAUUUUGUCAACCCAUACGUGCAAGCGCAGAUUGGUGGUCGGACUGCGUGCAUAUAUGGAAGCUUUUCCGUUGCUUCUAUGGUCUUUGUUUAUUUGCUACUACCAGAGACUAAGGGUCGGUCUUUGGAAGAGCUGGAUGAGAUGUUCCAGCAGCAGGUUUCGACUCGGAAGUUCAGAAACCAUGUCUGCACUGGCUUGGGAGCUCAGAUUCGUCAAUUGGAGAAUAAGGAAGAUGAGCCUGAGCUUCGAAAUAAGACCCAGGCUAUUGAGCAUGUGGAGGUUGCUCAGGUUGUAUAA